UGAGUCAGAGUGAGUCUACUAGUCAUGGCGGAUGAGGGCGAUGAUGGAUGCGAUGAUCCAGGCACUCCCCCAAGGGCAGUAAAGAAAGUGAAAUAUUCUCAGAAAUAUUCACUUAACUGGGAAUCACUUCCGUUGUUCAAGGGAUGUCUGCAACCGAGUGUGAAGAGUAAAAAUAGAGCUUAUUGCAAAGCCUGUGAUUGUGAACUUAAUGCAAAGAAAUCUGAGCUAGAGAAACAUGCAGGUGGACAGAAACACAAAACUAAUGUCAGUAGUGCUGCCAAACAACCUACCCUAUUGUCAAUGUCAUUUGCUAGAGGACAUUCAUCGCUGGAUAAGGAGGUAAAAGAAGGUGAAAUAAGACUAGCAGCAUUUGUUGCAGAACAUAACCUACCUAUGAGUAUUAUGACACAUUUACCCCAACUAAUAGAAUGUGUAUGUAGUGACUCUCAGAUUGCUAAACAUAUUGCAUGCAGUAGAACGAAGACUACUGUAAUACUCAAGAAAGUAAUUGGUGCAACUAGCAAGGAAGAGCUGAUUAAUAAUCUAAAAACUCAAAAGUUUUCUAUUAUAGUUGAUGAGUCAACCGACAAAGGUUGCACUAAACACCUGUGCCUACUUGCACGUCUGAUACAUGGCGGUGAAGCUAAUGAUGUUUUUCUUGAUUUAGUCCCUGUACAGGAAGGAAGUGCUCAAAGCUUGUAUGAUAGCGUUGUUAAAGUAUUUGUAGAUAAUGGAAUUCCCUACAAAGAGAAUAUGAUAGGUUUUGCACCAGAUGGUGCUAACGCUAAGAUGGGUGCUCAUAAUUCCCUGUCUUCUCGCCUUGUGACUGAUGUCCCUAAUCUGUUCAUUAUGAAAUGCAUCUGUCAUUCAUUCCAUUUGUGUGCCUCAUAUGCUUGCAUGAGUCUUCCAAGGGCAGUUGAGCAGCUGACAAGAGAUAUAUAUAAUUAUUUUAUGUCAAGUCCUAAGAGGUUAUCAGAGCUGAAGGAAUUCCAAGAUUUUGUGAAGGUUAAGCCACACAAAUUGUUGCAUCCCAGUCAGACUCGCUGGCUGUCCCUUCAGGCUGUAGUGCGUCGGGUUCUAGAACAGUAUGAUGCAUUAAUACUUUAUUUCACUGAUGCUGCCUUCUCAGAGAGAAUUAUAGCAGUAGAAAAGAUCUUGCAUUACUUGAAAGACCCUACAAAUAAGUUGUAUCUUCAGUUUCUAGAAUUCAUUUUGCCUUUUUUUACUGACCUAAACAAGAUGAUGCAGUCUGAGAGGCCAAAGAUUCACUUGAUGUAUGACUCAGUGUCUGUUGUGUGUAGGACCAUUAUGGAUUGUUACAUAAGAAGGGAUCAUCUACAGAACACUGCAAUUCAAAAUGUUCAGUACAGAAACCCCUCACACUUUCUACCUCUAAAUGAGAUUUACUUGGGAGGAAAGUAACAGCAGCUAUUGCACAAAACACUCAUGGCUUGUCUCGCCCAAAUUUAGAGGAAUUUCAAAAGCAUUGUUUAAACUUUCUGGUUGAGAGUGUGAGUCAAAUAUUAAAAAGGUUUCCCUUCAGAA